CAUGCCUUAAAAUAGAUGUUCAUACAUCAGCCUCUCUCCAGCGGCGGCGGCAGCGGCGAGACAUGGCCGACUGGAGCUGCCUGCCCCCGCUCCCAGAAGGAAUCCCAGCCCUCGCCAAGGACCGUGGGUGGCAGCGGCAGCAGAAGUGACCUGCGGGCCCCCGUGCGGCCUCCUCGCCCCCACAGGUAUGCCGGGUGGGUCUCGGCAGCUCCCAUGGCCUUCCUGUCCAGGUUCUACAGGGCCAGCAGCAGGUCCCCGAGCCGGGCCCCGCGGGAGGAGCGCGGGGGACACCCCAUCCUCAGCGUCUUCGAGCUGGAGAGGCUCCUGUACACGGGCAAGACGGCCUGUAACCACGCUGAUGAGGUGUGGCCAGGACUCUACCUGGGAGACCAGGAUAUAGCCUCCAACCGGCGGGAGCUGGCCCAGCUGCGCAUCACCCACGUGCUCAACGCCUCCCACAGCAAGUGGAGGGGGGGGGCCGAGUACUACGAGGGCACCGGGAUCCGCUACCUGGGCAUCGAGGCCCACGACUCGCCCUCCUUCGACAUGAGCCCCUACUUCUACCCCGCCGCCGACUUCAUCCACCAGGCCCUGAAUGAAGGGAGGAUCCUCGUGCACUGCGCUGUCGGGGUGAGCAGGUCGGCCACCUUGGUCCUCGCCUACCUCAUGAUCCGCCACCACAUGCCCCUCGUAGAAGCCAUAAAGACGGUCAAGGACCACCGUGGCAUCAUCCCCAACCGCGGCUUCCUGCGCCAGCUGGUGGCCCUGGACAAUGCCCUGAGGCUGAAGAGGAGCUCCUGAAGGAGGAGGAGGAGGAGGAGGGGGGUGUGUGUGCUGUGGUGGGAGCAGUGCCCACCCCGUGCCCAGACCAGGCUCUCUCUCCCCACGGCGCAGUCGCUUGGCAGCUCGUGGGUCACCUCAGCCCAGGGGGUGCCCAGCCCUGCCAGCCAUUCCCAGUGGUCCGGCACAGCCCCUCCACCUGCAAUCCUGCCACCCAGGCAGGUCUGACCAGAGCCUCCCUCCCAGCCUGCUCGCUCCAAGAUGCCUCCGGAGGGACUCGGCCCCACCUCACAGGUCACUCCAUCCCCGUGGGCUCCAGGAGGCCUCCGAGGCCUCGUUCUCCCUCCUGGCAGAUGCGUUUGCCGAGCCAGUCCCGUCCCUCCCUCGCAGGACACCGAAGCUCUGUGUCCCCUGUCGUGUCCCCCCGUGUGCUCUCGGUGUGUGUAGCCUCGUGAACCAGGCCUGGUGUGUGGGCUCAGCCUCCCGUCCCAGUGUUUGGGUGCUCUCCAUGCCUCGUGUCAACCCGUGAAAAUAAAGCCAGUGCUGAGGAAAAA